AUGAACCAGCUCAUCCCUCGGUUGCACAACUUGUGCAGAAGGAUGCUGUGGGAGACAGUAUCAACAGCCUUACUAAAAUCCAGAAAAACUACAUCCGCCACCUUCCCUUCAUCGACUAGUACGUUAAAUAGCAAGAGGAGGUCUAAAGAAAACAUUGGGCUGAUACUUGUUGAAGAUGGUCAUCUGACUAAUAGGGAUGAAGAAAAAGCAGAGGCAUUCAAUGUGGUUUUUGCAUCAGAUAGACCUUGGGCUGCCCAGUCCCCUGAGUCAGAGGACCACGAGUGUGGGAACAGUGACUUUCCAUUUGUGGACACUGAAAUUGGUCUCUCCCCAAGGAAGUCAACAAACAUGGUUCUUCCCCAACCCAGCUCACCAGGGCGCAGAGUACAAAUUCUUGUUGUCACAGCAGGCAAGGGUACAGGUAAAGCCUCAGCCAAGAAACUGACAAAAAAGGAGGUAGAUGCGGCACUGCUGUGUGUUGCCAAAGCUAAACCAGGACCGACCUUUUUUAGAGAGCUUGGUGAUAAAGGGCUGAUAUCUUAUGCAGAGUACUUAUUUUUGCUGACAAUCCUUACGAAACCUCAGACUGGAUUUCAGAUUGCCUUUAAAAUGUUGGAUACAGAUGGCAAUGAACAAGUUGAAAAAAAAGAAUUCUUUAAGCUACAGAGAAUCAUUGGGAAGGAAGAUGAUUUGAAAACAGAUGGAGACGAAACAGUAUUUCGGGGAGCAGAACUGGAAAGCUGUGGUGUUAAUACCUUGUUGCUGGUACAUUUCUUUGGAAAAGAAGGAAAGGAAAAACUUCGCUAUUCUGAGUUUUUCAGAUUCAUGGAAAAUCUGCAAACAGAAGUCCAAGAAAUGGAAUUCAUAAAGUUUUCAAAGGGCUUGAGUGUCAUGAGAAAAGAAGACUUUGCAGAAUGGUUACUGUACUUCACCGAUGAGGAAAACAAUGAAAUUUACUGGCAGAAUGUGAAAGACAGAAUCGAGACAGGAGAGAAUAUCAGUUUGGAAGAAUUCAAGACUUUUUGCAAGUUUACAAACAACCUGGAAGACUUUUCUAUUGCCAUGCAGAUGUUUACUGUAGCCAAUCGUCCUGUUAAACGGGCUGAGUUCAAGAGAGCAGUGAAGGUGGCAACAGGACAGGAGCUCUCAGAUAAUGUUUUGGAUACCAUUUUCAAGAUUUUUGAUCUAGAUGGAGAUGACUGCCUCAGCCACAGCGAGUUUCUUGGAGUCCUGAGGAACAGAAUUCAUCGAGGUUUGAGGGUACCACAACAGCAAGGCAUUCAAGGUUACUGGAAGUGUGUGAAAAGAGAAAGCAUUAAAGGAGCCAAAGAAGUGUGGAAGCAAACUGGGAAAAGUCCUUUUUAG